GAAGUUCCCAAUCCUUCCAAGUGUGACCUGAUCCGAGCCUACACGUUGCAGCAUGCAGAGAGUGGGUUGGGCAACGAUUACGCCAAGCGGAAAAAUGUCAUACGGGUAAGACUGGAGGGCGAGCAGUUUCUGCUGCAAGCCCCCGACGUGCCGUCGGUCGUGGAAUGGAUCGAGGGGCUGCACGCUGGGACUAAUAUUGCCCUUGACCUCGAUCAUCGGACGAUGCCGCGAGGUCCGAUGUUCCCGAGG